CAUCGUUAUCCAAUAUGGCGAGCUGUUGACUCAAACAACAAAACGCUUCGGCAAAUGCGAAUCUCCGAUUUAGAUCGAUUUUCCUGCUCUUCAAUCAACAAUGAAUCCGAUAAUUAGACGGACACUACCUCCUUCUGUAAGGAGUCUACUGACAGACAUCCGUCCAAAAGACGAGAGUUUAUGGGCAGACGACAGCCACGACGACCCGCCAGUCAACACGGAGGGAAUACAGCUUCCUUCGAGGGGGGAAGACCUUCUCACUCCUGCUACAAAUCACGAAGCUGACGGGGGGAACACAAAACCGGGCUCGGUGUGCAUGUUGUGUGAUUGCCAACCCGCCUGCUACACUUGUCCUCGGUGCAACCUGAGGUACUGCGGCGUGGCUUGCUACAGGAGCCCUGGUCACUCCUUGUGCUCUGAGGAGUUCUACAAGGAGUCUGUUCUGCAGGAGCUGAAGAACAUGGGCAAAACAGAGCGUGAGGGGAAGGAGAAAAUGCAAGAUAUUCUCCUCGGGCUGAGACAAAAGGCGCAAAUGACCGAUGGAGGGAUGGGAAGUGUGUUAAGAGACGCCGGUGUCCUGCAGGGAAAUGAGGAGAACAUUGAAGUUAUGGAGCUUCUGUCCAGAUUGGCCGAGCUUCAGGAGUCGGGAGCAGGCAGCGCAGCGGAGAUCGAAGCCAUUAUGAGAAAACUGGAAGAGCUCGGAGGAGACGAGGAGCCGUCAGAAGGCGUGACUGAGCGUCUAUCAGAGCUGGAUCUUGACCAGCUCUCUGAGGAGGAGCUGUGGGCGCUCCUUGACAGCCAGGAGAAAGAGAGGUUUGUGAGUCUGAUGAAGGGCGGCGCUCUGGGUGGGUUGAUCCCAAUGUGGAGGCCUUGGUGGGAGGAGCACGAGGCUGGAAGGAGAGCACUGGUGGAGGUGCUGGAGGAGGAGGUGAACAAGCAGGAGAAUGGUGAAUCACCACCAGAGACGGUUCAGAACCAGGACUGUAAAGCCAAAAAGUCCCAAGGCAGGAGUAAAAAGGAGGCAAUGACAAGAGGAAGCUCAGCAGCCAGCCGUAUGCCUUCAAUUUCUUCCAAAAUCCCCAAACUGGGUGACUUAUGUCCAAAUCCAUCUCCUUUAGUCUGCUACGGUUUAGUCAACGCUCUUUAUUGCUACAGUUUCAUUUUGCGUCUGUUUAACGGGGACGUGAACUCGCUCCUGAGCGAGUUCUGCGACACCAUGCUUGCCUUGUCUGAGGCGCUGAGUUCCAGCAGGGUUUUCAACUCCACCCAAGAGGCUGUGCAUUGCGCGGAGACUCUCAUUUUGUCAGGAGGCUACCUUGACAAAGGGGAGUCCCGUGCCACGGACUGGGCGGCGGAAGGCGCUGCUCACAUCAUGACCGGGCGAGACGACAAGGACCCCACAGGCUACACCCUGGCGGCCUUGAGUCAGCUCCACUCGGCACUCUCCAAAGUCAGACCGGUCCUCUCCAAGGACGGCGACGAAGGUGCAAAGAGACAGAAAUACUUCCUGGCUUCCAAGAAGUGUGAAUUCUUCCAAGCAUGGACGAUGGAUAAUUCUCAGAGGACUCGCCGACUGGCUUUGGAGAUGUGGAAGGAGCACAGCAGGCGAGAGAGCGGCAGGGAGACUGUGGAGAAAACAAAAGCGCUUGUUGAGGAGAGCUUUAAGAAAGGAAAGAGGAUAGGGAAUAGUAAGUUGAUCCAAGAAUUGAGCUAACUCACUGAAGUCCAUAAAAAUGAAAAGAGUAAAUGUAAGCAAACCAUUAAUGUUGAACUGCUGUAAUAAUUGUUGUUGACAGAGCUUAAACUUCAAUCCAUCAUUUUGUUGAAGAUACAGAACCAAAAGUUUGCACACACCAUUUAGUGCGUUUGUUUUUUGUUUUUUUCAUGACUAAUUUACAUUGUAGAUUGUCACUGAAGGCCUCAAAACUAUGAAUGAACACACGUGGAGUUACAGUGGGGCAAAAAAGUAUUUAGUCAGCCACCAAUUGUGCAAGUUCUCCCACUUAAAAUGAUGACAGAGGUCUGUAAUUUUCAUCAUAGGUACACUUCAACUGUGAGAGACAGAAUGUGGAAGAAAAAUCCAGGAAUUCCCAUUGUAGGAAUUUUAAAUAAUUUGUUUGUAAAUUAUGGUGGAAAAUAAGUAUUUGGUCAACC